GCGAUGAAUUGCCAGCCCUGGACGGCUGGACGGUUGGAAGACAAAAAUGCCUCCGUGGGGCCUCCUUGUUUUAGCUGUGGUGUCCGUGGACGGGCGGCCUGUGAGACUCCAGCUCUGCGACACGGCUGGGCAGGAUGAGUUUGACAAACUCAGGCCUCUCUGCUACACCAACACGGACAUCUUCCUUCUGUGCUUCAGCGUGGUGAGCCCCUCCUCUUUCCAGAACGUCAGCGAGAAGUGGGUGCCAGAGAUUCGCUGCCACUGUCCCAAAGCCCCCAUCAUCCUCGUUGGAACACAGUCGGAUCUCAGAGAAGACGUCAAGGUCCUUAUUGAGCUGGACAAAUGCAAAGAGAAGCCCGUGCCCGAAGAGGCGGCCAAGCUGUGCGCCGAGGAAAUCAAAGCUGCCUCCUACAUCGAGUGUUCAGCCUUGACUCAGAAAAACCUCAAAGAGGUCUUUGAUGCGGCCAUCGUUGCGGGCAUUCAGUACUCGGACACUCAGCAACAGCCAAAGAAGUCCAAAAGCAGGACUCCAGACAAAAUGAAAAACCUCUCCAAGUCCUGGUGGAAGAAGUAUUGCUGUUUUGUAUGACGCCGGCCGGGAACCCGCAGUAGAAGCUAUAUUAGCUGAAUGCGUCCUCUCAUCGUGCCGGAGCUGUGUAGAGAGCGUGUGUGUGUCAUAGGUCCAGCUCUCAAUUUAUGUCUUCUUUCUUGCCUUGGAUAUUCUUGUUUGUUUGAGCUUAGGGACGAGCUGAUUAUUAAUUAUGCAAGAUAUUUUUGAAGUCAGUGGAGCAUUUUUCAUAACUCUGGAAAUGUAGAGCUCUAGACCUCUGGAUUAAUUUAUAUCUAAUAUGAAAAAGACACCUUGGAUCUGGGUGUCAAGAAUGAAAUUUUUUUUCGCUACGUUACAAUGUACAGAAGAACAAAAGAAGAAAUGGUGUGGUUAACCCUGCCUUGAAUAAGGGCUCCUUCCUGCAAGUGCAUUGUGUCCCCUGGCCAGCUAUGGUGAGAAUCACUCUUAGCCCAAAGACUCCACACACUUCUAAAAAACUUUCUAAGGGACUAAAAUCUGAGAAAAAAACAAGAGACCUCUGCCUACAACACCUCAAACCAGUCACUUUUGUCAUAUGCUAAUACCUGGUUGCUUAAGAUCUAAAAUCAACCAGCAAAGCACAUCCUACUAACCCUGUGGCCCUGGGUACACCAAAAAGAAAACAUUGUUUAUUGGGAUUUUUCAUUCUUAGACCAGUUGUGUUGACAUCGUAUAAACAUAGCCAACAUACCAUGUGGAGUAAAGCAAGUAUUUAGUCAGAAGCUCUUGUAUUUUCUUUAGGGAGUGAUUCAUGUUGAGAUCAGAACGUGGUAUUUGCUGUUUGUAUGUGUGCACCAAACUGCCUAAACCCUGGUAGUUAGAACUCUAGGGAGCACCUAUGGGAAUUGUUUUAAAACUUCCAUACUAACUAAAUAAACUAAACCAUCUGCAGGGACAUGGACACUCUUGAAAGGCCUGCAGCCAACGAUUGUAGGAGACAAAAUGUACUUUUUUCCCCUUAAGUCAGCCAAAAUGUACACACACACACACACACACACACAUAUGUGUAUAUGGCUGUAUUUGCUGCUGAUUCAGACUUUUAAACAGUUAAUGAGAAAAAGCAUGAACGCAAAAACACGUGAGGGAAGCUCAGCUUCCUCUUUGUUACUUUUUUGAACAGAUCUCUUUUUGAUUAUAUCCUACUCCAAUAGGAUUUUAAGUAUAUUUUGACACAGUUUUGAGACCAUCUUAAAACACGAACAUCUCUUAAAACCUGUUUUAAACUGAAUGUCUCUUGAAACCUGUUAAACCACCGGUUAAAGCCGCAGAUGCCUUUGAGGGAAAGGGCAGCAGAGACCAGGGCUGUGAGUCAGAGGGCUCACAGGGGCGGCCUGCUGUGGCCGCCGGGAGCGGGGUGCGCGUAUGGACCCCAGCUCCCCCCCCGUCAGCUGCAUCCUUGUGGGGGGAUAGCCAGAAAACCACAUGCUUGUGAAACAUUUGUGUUCUUCAAGGUGGCAGGUUUUAGGGCUUCAUCUUGAGGAAAAAAGUUGCGUAUCAGAAGAGUAGGUUUGUUUACUUUGUGAUGGUUAUGCUUCUGAGAUGCCAAAAGGUAGCCUACCCCACGAAUUAUAAUGUCUGGUUGCGGUGGGUGAAGCAGAUUUACCAAAAUCGAUUCAAUAACUAGGGAAACUUCUGUAGAGCCGGUGGAUGGAAAAGUCUUGUCCUUCUGUGGGUCUUGCAUUGUCUUUUUUGUAUUUAAAAAAGCGAAUUUAUGUUUUCCUAUAGAAGAAGUAAAAGAUUGGGUUAGGGGCUUCUUUGAUUUGUGUUAGUAAAUAAAAUUAACUGAUUUCUCUGUUUUAAAACUAAAAUACAUGGAUUGUUCACUAUUUUUCAUUACUGAAAUUGGUAUCAGUCAUAGUUUCCUGAAGCAUUUAGUCACAUAGCCUGAGUGAAUAAAAUUACAUCAUUUGUGGAAAUGCUCCGAACAGACUCUAAGCUGGCCUGCUUGGCUCAUCUGUCUGUGGGGGGGCCCGUGUCCCAGGCUGGGCUCCGCCUGCUCUUGGGUGCAGGGGUGGGGGCUGUGGGAGACUUACUUGGUGAGUAAUUUUAACCAGUAUUUUUAUAUUUCAGCAAAUGUCCUGGAGUACAGUGCAAAGUAAUUUUUAAGAUAGAACACAAGACUUGAAAGAAAUUUUAUGCACGUGACAGCAAAUGGGGCUGCUCUUGGUCCCCCCGGGGCGGGGGUCAUGGCCCCCUCUGCCUGGGGGCCACUGGUGGUAACCUGGCAGGGGAGCGUGCCUGUGCGGCCCAGUUCUGAGAGCUUUCCUCAAGUGGUUUAUUUUUAACCCAACUUGAUAUAACCCGAACCAUUAGCGCUAAAAAUCUAGAGGGUUGACAUUUAAACACAACCGUUUUUAACAUGUUGCUGCAGUUUAUAGAAUAGUAAAGUACGUACGAUUGAUUGUACUUCAGGUUUUCCUCCAUUUUUCUUUCUUUGUGUGAUUGGGCAGAAAAGUUCUUAAAAGUAUGUGCUUGAGUUAAACAUAAAGUUGGUUCACUUCAAAGCUCAAGCACUGUUAAACUUGCAGCUUGGUAUUGCAGAGAAGAUUUUAUGAGUUGUGCUUUAGAAAAUGCCGCUUUAGCUUAACUCCUACAGUGUAGGCCAGUCAUAAUUGAAAAAUACAAUAUACUUCCCACCUGUUCUGUCACUUUUUACCAUGUAUGUGGAAAUGAACCUUUUGUAAUAUUGUUCUCUGUGCUUGACAGAAUUCAGGAGAAACCACCCAGGUAUUACACAAGCCAAAAUGAAGGCAAGGUCUUCUCCCCAGACUGUCGUAACCUGGUGCCUUACCAAGUUGUGCUUCUCUGUUUUCAAGUGUAAAUGAUGUUGAGCAGAAUGUUGUCCUUGAAAAUGCUAUAAACGAGGUGGUAUGAAAUAAAUUCUGACCUAUGG